CUAAAGACGUAUAUAGUCGGCUUUACUGUCAGACUCCACACGGGUUGUACAAAACAGAUGAUGUUAGCUGCUCUGGUUUGUGUUGCGCUGAUAUCAGCGGCUUCUGGUGAUAGUUGCUUGGCACAACUUCCGGUACCCAUCAUGCUGUGGGGUGUGUAGCCAAUGAGGGAUGUUGUAAGUACGGUCUGGUGGUUGCCUCUCGAUGCUCUGGUUCUAAAGUUUGCUGCUAUUCGUCAGACAUCUGCGGUCAUUCAGCCGGAUCUUCCUGCCUGACGUCGUCUGAAAUGGCGGCCCUGGAAAACAAGUUAAUCGAGUACGAAGGCAUCCGCUACACGGCAUAUGACGCACAGCCUUCAAACAGCUAUGUGGACUGGACGAUAUGCGUUGGAUUUAACCUGAAGAGAAGCGAGGCUCGAUCUGUGUUCAGCACCGUUCUUCCAGGAGUAAGCUUUGACUCUGUCUACGCCGGCCACACGUCACUGAGCAGGGCUCAGUGCAUGUCACUGUUUGGGCACGACUUGACGAAGACCUACAUUCCGCGGGCACAGACAGUCGCCGGAAGUCAGUUCUGCGGACUUCCUGUUAACGUGAAAAUCGCCUUAGUCAGUGCCGUCUAUCGGGGAGAUCUGGCGUAUUCUCACAAAACUGCUCAGUACAUGAGGGCCGGUAACUGGUGUUCUGUACCGGCCGAGUACCUGAACUAUUACCAGUACACUCACUGUCACCAGUUGGGGAUUCCAGGGGUGUGCACUAGGAUGAAAUGGAAUGCCGAUCAGUUCCAGACAAUGUGUCACCAUGGAUAAAUGUAGGAAUGCCCUGUAAUAUAGGAAUGUUCUAUAAUAAAGGCGUGUCCUGAAAUAUACGAAUAUCCUGUAAUAUAAGAAUAUCCUGUAAUACAGUGAUAUCCUGUAAUAUAGAAAUGUUGACUAAAAAAAGCUAUGCCUUAUACUAUACCUGUAGGAAUGUCAUAUAAGACUAUCUGGUGUUGUAUAAUUUUACAUACGCAGAAGGAAUACCUGUUCCGGUGCCAAACACACAAUAACAGGAAAUUUGGAUAUUGUGUCAUCAGCUUUACCGUAAAAUCUGAUAUUAUGACUGUCAUUGUAAUCAGGUGAAUAGAUUUCUGUAAUAAAGCCUAUGAAUACUAA